AUGCCAUACCUUCCAUCCAGCAGAGGGACGAAGAGAAAGUUGGCAGACGAUGCUGGUGGUUUACAGCCCCAGUCCAAAUCUUCCAAAGUCACCUUCCUGAGCCCGUCUCUUAUCCUGCUGGAGCUCCCCUCUGACGCCAACAGCAGCUUCCCAGUGUGGGAGGCCAUGAGAUCCCAGCAGGUUGACGUCACCUGGACCGUCGACCCCUACAGCGCCAUGGUUCAUUUCACCCCUGUGACCUCUCAGCAGGGGAAGAGAACAACCUCCAGCCAAACUGAAGACACUUCCAGCGCUACACAGAGCUCAGUGCCUUUUUCUGGGAUCCCGCAACCUCAGUUGGCCAUCCAGCCCAUCACUCAGCUGCACAACACCUCCCAGAACUCCUGUGUUGUGCUCACCCUUUCCCAAAACAGCACCCAGUUAGCGCCAAGCCUUCCAGGUCAACUAGUCUACACACCUCCAACCCCUACGCCAGUCACCUCCGUCAUCAUUUCCCUGCCACUCACCAUCACCCAGCCACAGCCUGCCUUUCAGCCCAGCACCCCUACCAAGAGACUCACCAUCCAGACCCCACCAGCCACCCCCACUAUGCCGCAAGCCCCGUCUAAAGUGCCUGACCCCAACCUGUUCCACACAAGGAGCUCCGCCAACAUCGAGAUCUGUGACAACUUCCUCCUGGGUUUGUGUCAGGCAGGGAGGAAGUGUAAGAUGCACCACACUCCCUACCCAUUUCACUGGCAGCUGUGGAGUGUGGUCACCCACCGGUGGAUCGACAUCCCCCUUCGCUCUCAGGUCCUAAUGGAGAAGUUGUACUGCGAUGUCAACCAAGAGGCCAUUUGUGUCAAGGAUGGGCAGGUCUGCAACACUUUAAACUUUGACUCAAUGGAUGUGGACGACAUAUCCAAGUAUGACAAGGUCAGACGACUGACUAACUCUGACAGUCCGAUCAGAAACCCUCACUUUCCCAGUAGAUGGAAGUUCUUCUGGUGGAACAACAUGGACUGGGAAGAGUACAACAAGGAUGCGUCAGCCGUGCUGCUGCAGAAUAUGAAUGAAAAGGAGCCGGAGUGUACUCUCACCAUCGGCUCGCAGCAGUACAAGGUGGACUUCACCUCCAUGGUGCAGACCAACGUCACCACAGGGUUCGAGAGAGAGGUUCGCUGCAGGCCCGUCUACCGCUCCCCUGUUUCCAUGCAGCCUUACCUGCAGACAGAGGUCAAGACCAACCCCUCCAAACCCAACAGUGAUCCUCCAGCAGCCAACUUCAGCGUGGACCCUCUGAAGGAGUUCAGCUCCUGGUAUCCUCCAGUGUGGAGUGUGACCUCUGAGGACUACAGCCUGGUGGAUGUUCCUGCAGGCACGGAGGCUUACCGCAGUCUCCUGAACCUGUUCUGCGAGAGCCUGCCCGAGACCAGGGUGGACAUUGUCAGCAUCCAGCAGGUCCAGAGCCUCCUCCACUGGGACAAAUACCAAAGGCAGAAGGCGUACAUGCAGAAGCAGCACGCCGACUUGAAGAAUCCUCUGGAGAGACAUCUCUUCCACGGGACGACCAAAAAGGCCUCAGAGGACAUCUGCUACAACAACUUCGACCUCCGCAUGGCCGGAGUCAACGGAACAUCCCACGGCGUCGGCUCCUACUUCGCCAGCACCGCCUCCUUCUCCCACACCUUCUCGGCCGUGGUGGCGUCGGAUGAGGUUCGUCACAUGUUCCUGGCCAAAGUCCUGGUGGGGAAGGUUUGUCUCGGGAGGCACAACUACCACCGGCCACCGCCGCUGUACUCCACGACGAGGAAAUUCUGUCUCUACGACAGCUGCGUGGACAACGUGGACAAACCCACGAUAUUUGUAGUGUUUGACAGCUGUCAGUGCUACCCGUACUACCUCAUCAAGUACAAAGACCUGCCCAAGGAGGUUGAGAUCUGAGAAAGCAGACGAGUUCGGUGAUGCUGGUUG